AUGUCUGCCAGCCCAUCUCCUUCCGCCGGUGGCGAUAGCAAGUCAAAUGAACAGGUCCACUUUCGUUUUUGUCGCGAAUGCUCGAACUUGCUUUACCCGAAAGAAGACCGCGUCAACAACCGUUUGAUGUUUACGUGUCGAACCUGCCAUGUCGGCGAGCCCGCAAGCUCAUACUGCGUCUAUCAAAACAAGCUCAACAGUCAAGUCGGAGACACAGCUGGUGUGACUCAGGAUGUGGGAUCUGAUCCUACGCUUCCCCGGUCGAACAAGCUCUGCCCGAGCUGCGGUGAAGCCGAAGCGGUCUUUUUCCAGUCUCAGCAGCGUUCUGCGGAAACCGGAAUGAAACUUUACUAUGUCUGUUGCGCGUGCGGCAACGUUUUCGUAUGAUUUGGAACGUCUUUUGUCACCAUCGUGUUUUCGAUACCCAUUAUUGGUCCUUUUCAGCAUGGUUAUGGAGUUACGGCGAUGUCCGAGUAAUAGAAAACAAGUUUUUUUUUCAAGGGAUAA